UUCAUCUUCUAUUCUCAGGAAUGGUGAUGCAGAAUUUGUUCUGCUAGGAAUCUUCUUUUGGAAUUCUUCUUGGGAGAUUUCUUCUACUUCCAUAUCAUUAUUUUCGAUUAUAGUUGUUACUGUAAUUCUUGGUGAUCUUCUUGUUUUGAUUGCCCUCUUUGCAUUGCUUCUUCAAAUGCUUGUUGUUCUGUUGAAAGUUUAG